GAUGAUGUGGGUCGACACUAGAUCAAAGUAGUGGCUUGGUAACGUCUCUUUUGACUUUUCAAAAUAAUAGCAAUUAAGGAAAUAAAAAUAUCUCAUACGGAUUACAACAACAUUUUAAACAACAAAUUUAUGCAAUGAUAGUUCGUCGAAGACGAAGGAUAUUAGAUAACAAACAAUCGCAGGUACAAAGCGCCAAGUUUGAGUAUGAACAUAUUUCUACUAAUUGCACUGAAAAUGUUCAACGAGAUGAGAAAGAUGAAAUUGCUUCAAAUACGAUCGAAAAAUUUAAAACAGUAGAAAUACCAGUAAAUACAACACUGAAAACUCGAAUUAAAAUUAGUCUAGAGAUUGAUUUAAUUUCAGUUAUUUUAUUGGUAACUGGAAUUGUUACUCGAUUUUACCGUUUAGAAGAACCACGAAGUAUAGUGUUUGAUGAAUUACAUUAUGGAAAAUAUGUAGGGCUUUAUAUGAAAAAAACAUUCUUUUUUGAUUCACAUCCUCCUUUAGGAAAACAACUUAUUUCUGCAGCAGCGUAUAUAGCUGGUUUCGAUGGUCAAUUUAAAUUUGAUAGAAUAGGCAGUCCUUAUUCGGAUAUUGUACCUCUAUUCGCAUUACGAUUAGUGCCGGCAUUAUGCGGCAGUCUAUUAAUUCCCACAGCUUAUCAUUUAAUUUUGGAAUUAGGCCUAAAACAAUGGACUGCUACUUUAGCGGGAACUUUAUUAUUAUUCGAUAAUGCUUUGUUAACUCAAUCUAGAUUUAUUUUAAUGGAAAGUAUUUUAAUGCAAUUUUCAUUAUUUGGAUUAAUAUGCAUUAUGAAAUUUAGAAAAAUAAUGGAUCAACCAACAAAUUUAUCUUGGUGGCUGUGGUUAAUUUUAGGAAUUGCAAAUUUAACAUGUGCAUUAUGUGUCAAAUAUGUUGGAUUAUAUUCAUUGAUUCUAUCAUUAUUUUUAAUUGCUUAUGAUUAUUGGAAUUUAAUACCGAGAAAAACUUUAUCUAAUACAGUAUUAUGCAUUCAUCUUAUAAUAAGAAUUUUUGUAAUAUUAAGUAUCAUUUGUAUUAUAUAUUUGACUGUGUUUUAUAUACAUUUAACAACACUUUCUAAAGCUGGACCACAUGAUUCAGUAAUGACAAGUGCUUUUCAAGCAAGUUUAGAUGGUGGUUUAGCUAGCAUUACAAAAGGUCAACCUCUAGAAGUUACACAUGGAUCACAGAUUACUUUAAGACAUACAUAUGGAAGAGCUUGCUGGCUUCAUAGUCAUAAUCAUAUGUAUCCAUUAAGAUAUCCAGAUGGAAGAGGUAGUUCUCAUCAACAACAAGUUACUUGUUACUCAUUUAAAGAUGUUAACAAUUGGUGGAUUGUAAAAAAACCAGAAAGAAAUGAUUUAGUUGUUACAAAACCUAGUGAACCAAUAAAGCAUGGUGAUAUAAUACAAUUAGUACAUGGAAUUACAAGUCGAGCAUUAAAUUCACAUGAUGUUGCUGCUCCAAUGACACCUCAGAGUCAAGAAGUAUCUUGUUAUAUUGAUUAUAAUGUAUCUAUGCCUGCUCAAAAUUUUUGGAAAGUGGAAAUUAGUAAUAAAGAUAGUACUGGUGAUGUUUGGCAUGCAAUUCAAAGUCAAAUACGAUUGAUACAUGUAAAUACAGAUUAUGCAUUAAAAUUUAGUGGAAGACAAUUGCCUGAUUGGGGUUUCAAUCAGCAUGAAAUAGUUGCAGAUAGAUUAAUAGAUCAAACAGAUUCCAUAUGGAAUGUUGAAGAACAUAGAUAUACUAAAAGUGAAGAUCAAAAACAAAGAGAAAGAGAGUUGAUUAAUGCUGAAAUGAUUCCAUUACAAGCUACUACUUUGAAUUUUUGGGAGAAAUUUAUAGAAUUACAAUUAAAAAUGCUCUUUAGUGGUCAAGAAGGACAAAAUAGUCACAUGUAUUCUAGUGAUCCCUUAGAUUGGCCAUUAAUGUCUAGAGGAAUUGCAUAUUGGGUUUCCAAUGAUAGUAAUGCUCAAGUACAUCUUUUAGGAAAUAUAGCAAUUUGGUAUUCUGGCACAAUAUGUAUAAUUAUAUAUUCAUUUCUUUUAAUAUUUUAUAUUUUAAGACGAAGACGAAUGUGUUUUGAUAUUACACGCGAAGAAUGGAACAAAUUUUCUAAUAUUGGAAGUAUCUUAUUAACUGGAUAUUUGUUACACUUUUUACCUUUUAUAUUUGUUGAAAGAACUCUAUUUCUUCAUCAUUAUUUACCGGCAUUCAUCUUUAAAUUAUUGCUUACAGCAGCAACAAUAGAACAUCUGUAUUAUCUUAUUAGAAUUCGAUAUCAGCACAAUUUUUUAAUGUAUAUAUUAAAAUUUGGUAUUAUUACAUGGUUAAUUUUUGUCAUUUAUGUAUUUAAAAAAUUUAGUGUUCUUAGUUAUGGUACAACUAAUUUGAGUGCCAAGGAAAUUUUAAAAUUAAGAUGGAAAGACACAUGGGAUUUUAUUAUACAUAAAACAUAAUAGACAAUCAAAAACGCAGAAUUUUUUUAAAAUAUAAAUUUACAAAAUUA